GUAUGUCUGUUGGCGUGUGAACCACAAACUGUGUGUGUGAUUGUGUCUGAUUCGGUGAGUGUGUGUGGCUGCAUCGUGUGACUGUCAGUGAGCGUGUACAUCACCGUGUGAGUCUGCAAGUAACUGUGAGCCAAUCUCGGUGAGGCUCACGCUGUUCUGCAACAAUUACCACCUGACUGUGUGUGUGUGUGUGUGAGAGAGUGGCAGUAUAUAAAUGGCUGUGCGAGAGAGAUCGGGUGUGCGAGAGUGUGCGCAGGACUGCGAGAGAGCUUGAGUGUGCAGGAGACUGUGAGUGCAAGGGAUUGUAUGUGACUGAGGGAGACCGUGUGUGAGUGUGCAGGAGAAUGUGCGAGAGAGGCUAAGCAUGCAAGAGGAUGUGCAUGAGUGUGCAAGGGAGAUGAAGUGUGUGCGUGCACACUGUUCCCUGACUGCAGCAGGUCAGCAUUCCCAGGGAGAGGAAAGGGUUUGGAGAAACACAGAAGUUGCGUGAAGCGGAUAAGCCUCCAUCUGUCAACAGGAACCGCGCAUCUGUCACUGCAAAGAGGCUUUAUUUUUUCCCCAGAGUGAUGUGAUGUCCUAAUUCUGCUCAAUUUGCAGGUUGGCUGUUUGAAACCACACCGAGCCUCCCCUGCCCCAGAUUCCUGCAGAGUUCCGGAUAAUCUCACUUUGAAAUCAGGCCGACCAUGACCUUCAGCUGCCUGACACGACCCACCGGCCGCUCCUACAACUCCCUGAGUGACAUCACCGACAAGUACAGCAUCGGGCAGCAGCUGAAGGCGAAGGAGUUCUGUGAGAUCUGCCUCGCCAGGGAGCGGGUCUCCGACAGGCUCUUCAUCUGCAAGAAGUUCCAGAAGAAAGACGGGCGCAAGGUGCGGCGGGCGGCGAAGAACGAGAUCGUCAUCCUGAAGAUGGUGAACCACCCUAAUAUCCUGCAACUCAUCGACACCUUUGAGACUCGGGAGGAGUAUUUCAUCAUCCAGGAACUAGCUACCGGAGGUGACCUCUUCGACUGGAUCCUGGAACAAGGCUCGUACACGGAGAGACACGCCAGCAAUGUCAUCAGGCAGCUCCUGGAGACUGUGUCCUACCUCCAUUCCCUACGGAUCGUGCAUCGGAACAUCAAGCUGGAGAAUGUGAUGUACCACGGCGAGAAGAACCCAUCCAAGGUGGUGAUCGGAGACUUCCACCUGUCACGCUUUGAGACCGGCCCGCUGACCGAUCCCUGCGGAACGCCGGAGUACCUGGCUCCAGAGGUGGUGGCCCGCCAUCGGUACGGACGUCCCGUCGACCUCUGGGCCAUUGGAGUCAUCAUGUACAUCCUACUGUCCGGGAACCCUCCCUUUUACGACGAUACGGAUGAGGAGGAGAACGAGAGCCACGACCGGGCGAUAUUCCGCAAGAUCCUGGCCGGAGACUUUGAGUUGGACUCGCCACACUGGGAGGACAUCUCGACGUCAGCCAAGGAGCUGGUGUGCCGGCUGCUGGAGGUGGGGCAGGAGGACAGGAUCACGGCCCCACAGGCCCUGGCCCACACCUGGAUCUCCGGGAACGCCGCCCUGGAGAGGAACCUGAAGCUCGGGGUCUGUACCCAGAUGGAGAAAAACUUCGUCAAGGCCAAGUGGAAGAAGGCGAUCCAUGCGACCACGAUGAUGUGCCGCCUCCGGUCCCUGGACCAGAGUUCACCCCACAGAGCGGACCCCACCCCCCAGGUCCCAGAGAAGAUGGAUGGAACGCCGGCGGGGAUUAUCGGGACGACGAGGGACCCUCCCUCACCCCUCCCCCUGCCGGGGGAGCAGGGAGAUCCCGCAGGGCUGGGUCACGGGGAGGGCGGAGACUCCGGCAGGGAGCACGGCAAAAGAACUGAGCGGCCGUAGGGAAUAGGGGA